UAUCCAAAACACUAAUUUCUAUAAUAUAUAUUCCUCUUCAUCAAAAUGCCACUGUCUCUCUGUUGGGGUUUACCUUACACACAGAAAAAUUUAACAAAGAUGAAACAAAAUCAAUGACUUCCCUAUAGAUUCUCCAAAAAUCCAAGCUUCUUUAGUGUUUCUAAUUUCACAGAGGACGACGUGAAUGAUGCCGGCAAAAUCUGAAAAAGAAGAUCGACGUUUAGACCACAGUGGACAGAGCCUGUUCCAAUCAAACGUUUACUCCCAACCUUGGUGGCGUGAAGUGGGGAACAAUCCCUCUUUGGGCGAAACUGCAUCGAAGUUGUCUUCAGUGGAGAACCUGAACGGUUCUCUUCUGAAUGCAGUGACACAAUCAAAAGUUAAUACUGGCUUACAGAAAGGAGCUAUAUUGAACAAAGAUACGCAGACCGAUGUAACAUCACUAUCUGAUGAAGGUACUGGGCAACACCAUCUCAAUCAUGUCCCAUCACCAACAACUGUUACUAUGGACGGACACCUUGAACCAAAUUCCCAGAUGGAACUUGUUGGCCACUCAAUUGUUUUGACUUCACAUCCAUAUACAGAUCCACAGUACGGUGGGAUCUUUGCUUCGUACAGACCACAAGCUAUGGUGCCUCAAUUUUAUGGAAUGACUCACGCCAGGAUGCCUUUGCCCCUUGAAAUGGAAGAGGAACCUGUUUAUGUAAAUGCAAAACAGUUUAAUGGUAUUAUGAGGCGAAGACAGGCACGUGCUAAGGCAGAGCUUGAAAAGAAAGCAGUAAAAGUUAGAAAGCCAUAUCUUCAUGAGUCUCGACACCAGCAUGCUAUGAGAAGGGCAAGGGGUUGUGGAGGCCGUUUCCUUAAUACAAAGAAGCUUGAUCAUAAUGCUGCCAAUCCAACGUCAGAUAAAGGUACUGGAGAUUUGGAUUCCUCCGGUGAUCUGCAGGAAGGAAAAGAGUCCAUGGUUCAAGACAUGCAAACACACGCUUCCUCCAAUUGCCAUGGUAAUGGCAAUGGACUCUCAUCAAGAUAUCAUUCAUUAUCAGAUGAUGGCAGCUUCUUGGGUCAGCAGAAGGAAACCACACAUGGGAAUGGGGUGUCUAAUGGGAACGUCUCCAUUUAUUAAAUUUCCACCUUGAGUUGCAAAGCUGGAGGCAUCAGCCAUGUCCAACUUGGGGGGCGAAACUUUCAGCGUGUGGUGUUUCUCAGGCAAUUCAUUCUUGGCUUUGGGUCUUUGUUACUUGGUGCAUGCUGGUGGUGUGAGUGGAGCAUAUCAUAUGUUGUGAUGGACUUCAUGCUGUCUUCAGACUUGAACUAAUUGCAUCUCUCUUCUUGUCGUCGCUUCUGUAAAUAUGGCAAAAACUAGUGUAUCUACCUUGCAGGAAUUAAUCCCAAAUGUAGUAAUUCCAGUGGUCUGCGUUUGAACUUAACUUUCGUGUGAUCAUUUCUUUAUGUGUGAGCAGAGGGUUUACCUCUUUUACCCUACCA